CCGCCCAUCACCACCGCCACUACGGGAGCGCGGGACGUGGGUCUGCAGUGCUCGAGGUUGUUCUACAGUCACUGUUCACAGGAUUGAAGUCGAGGUUUGGGCAGAGCCAGAUCUGGCUGGGAUGUUUGGGCAUCUCAUGCCCAGAUCCUGGAAAUUGAGUGUCACAAGACCCAAGCCUUGCUGACCAGGACCUUCCUGCGAUUUGCUGAACCAAUGGAAAGCUUCUUAGGUGACAAACCUGAAGCACAAGUGAAAGCAGUAUCAACCUUUCUUCUUGAAGGACAACAGGCCAACCAUGAAAGUCUUGGGCCCUCUCUUCCUUAGGAUUUGUUGCCCUUCUGAUCUUUAACACCAGUUGAUACCGAGGAGAAAUAUGAAGUCAAGUUGAUCUUUUGUUUUUCUUCCCUUGGGAGAAAUUUGAAUUUUCCAGUUAGAAUGAUCAUACCCAGAUGGCCCUGGCAGAACGGUCUAGGGAUGGAAAAGAUCAGAAAUAUAUGCAGUUGGCAGCCUGUCAAGGGAGAACUGUUUUGGUGAAGGAUUUCAUUGUACAUGGACAUGUCUCCUGGAACUAGAAAAAUUCAAUUCCUCAGAUGCUGGCUUGUAUGGAUGAUGGUUCUGCUCCCAGACUUAUGAGCAGAAGGCCACUUGAAAGCUACAGGUGUCAGGUGGCCCUUACUGCUAAUGGAGGAUUUCCCAGUAUCCGUGGAUUUUUUGAAGCAAGUACCUCUGCCCAGCAAUCUCUUCUUCCUCACCUACCUUCUCCUUUUCCUUCAGCAUGAGGAGGCAAAUUCAGAGGAGGUCAAGGUGAUAGGCCCUGGGGAAUCCAUACUGGCCAUUGUCGGGGAAGAGGUGGAUUUCCCGUGCCAAUUGUCACCGCUCCUGGACGCUGAAGACAUGGAGAUCCAUUGGUUCCAGAGCCAGCCCUCGGAUGUAGUGCACCUGUACAAGGGGCGGCAGGAGCUCUUCGACCGACAGAUGGCGCAGUUCCAAAACAGGACCAAACUCGUCACGACGGAGAUCAGCUCUGGCAAAGUCGUCCUGCUGCUCCGCAGCGUCGUGCCAUCAGACGAGGGCCUGUAUGGAUGCAGCUUUCUCUCCAACAACUUCUCUGGUGAAGCCAUCUGGGAGCUGGAGGUAGCAGGGCUGGGCUCAGAUCCACAUAUCUACAUUGAAGGCUUUAAGGAAGGAGGCAUUCAGAUGAGAUGCACCUCCAAUGGCUGGUACCCCAAACCCAAAGUUCAGUGGAAAGAUCACCAGGGACAGUGCCUGCCACUGGAGUCUGAAGUCAUUACCCAAGAUGUCAAGGGCUUGUUCAAUCUGGAAACAUCUGUGGUUGUCCAAGGUGAAGCCCAUCGCAACAUGUCUUGCUCCAUCCAGAGCCCUCUGCUGAUCCAGAAGAAAGAAUUUGUGGUCCAGAUAGCAGAUGUAUUUCUUCCCGGAACUUCCCCUUGGAAGAGUGCUUUCUUAGGAACCCUGGUGGCACUGCCGCUACUCCUGGCCCUCGUCGCGAUGCUGGCGUUGUACUACUUGCACAAACAACAGCAGUCUCAAGAAAAGCUAAAGAAACAGACAAAGAAGGAACAAGGUAAGCUGCCCCAGAGGCGCUCUGUGUCCAACAUCCCUGACCAACAGAGGGCGCUGGGUCAAAAGGCAAGGACCCCAGAUAAGGGCGGAGGGCGGAGUUUGGACGUGACCUUGGAUGCAACCACAGCGCACCCCAGCCUGGAGGUUUCUAAGGAUGCCAAAAGCGUUUCUUCUCGCCCAGUGGUACCGAUCCUUGCAGAUGGUUGUCCGCAAAGAUUCACUGAGCAAACGUGCGUCCUGAGCCGGGAGCGCUUCUCCACAGGCCGCCACUACUGGGAAGUGCACGUGGGCCGAAGGAGCCGCUGGUUCCUGGGCGCCUGUCUGGCAACUGUGCAACGCUCAGGACCCGCGCGCCUGAGCCCGGCUGGUGGCUACUGGGUGAUGGGGCUGUGGAACAGCUGCGAGUACUUCGUCCUGGACCCACACCGUGUAGCGCUCACUCUGCGCGUCCCUCCGCGGCGCGUGGGCAUCUUCCUGGACUGUGAGGCGGGAAAGCUGUCCUUCUUUAACGUGUCCGAUGGCUCCCAUAUCUUCACCUUCACAGACACCUUCUCAGGGGCUCUCUGUGCAUAUUUCAGGCCCAGGGCCCACGAUGGUGGAGAAUACCCUAAUCCACUAACCAUCUGCUCUUGGCCGGCUAGAGGGACGUGCGUCCCAGAAGAGAACGACUUGGACUGCCUGUUACAGCCUUAUGAUCCCUUGGAUACCGACUUAGGUCUGUGGUGAGGCUCUCGCCCGCCCGGUUGCAAGACCAGGCCUGGGAAGCUUCCUGGGAAUGCAAGUUACUCCUUUGCUCUCUGGCUUCCUCUAUAGCCAACAAAUACGCACCGACUAAAAUGUGAGCAAAGCCUAAAGGCUCAGAGCAGCGGAGGGGGAACAAGAGGUAGGAGUACAUUUGCCUAUGCAGAUGUGUGUAUAUAGUUUUCUUUAAGGGGCACUUUCAAAGAUUAUUUGCAUAUAAGAUUCAGCUAAUGAGUAAAAAUAUAAUCGAUAACACAUGGGAACCAGAGUACUCAAUGCGGGAGAUGGGAAAGGAAUUGUAAUGGGGGAACUGGGAUGAGGUAUUGUGGGACUAGAUUAGAAGUAUUGAUUAUUUCAUAUAAUUGGCACAUACUUUUUGUAUAAAUUUGCUAGCUCUACAAAAAUUUAUCAGUAAUGACACCUCAUAAGUAAUAAGUUCACCUAUGGCACAGAUCCUAGCUUUAAAUACUAUUUACGACUGAAAUAAAUUUGGAGAAAUGGCUGAUUCCAAGGGUGGGUAGAGGAAGUACAAAAGCCUGUACCAUCUUGGUGUACAAAGUAAAUAAAAAGAAAAAAAAAAGGUGCUCAGAAACUGAUGGGCAGGAAGAACAAGUUCAAGAGUUCUAUUGUACAAAAUAAUGACUAUGGUUAUUAGCAGUGUAUUGUAUGCUUAAAAAUCACUGAGUAAAUUUUAAAUGUUUUCAAUUACAACAAAAAAUGUGAGGUAAUUAAUUAGCUUGAUUUAUCCAUUCCACAAUGAUUAUGUGUGUGUGUGUAGCUUGCCAUUCCACAGCCCCUCUGUGAAGCACACAGAACUUUAUAUAGAUAUGUAUGUGUGUACAUAUACAUAUAAAACACCAUAAAUAUAUAAUUUUUAUUUGUCAAUUAAAUAAAUAUUGAAAAAUAAAGAAAA